AUGCCGUUCGCAGAUCGCAUAGUCGACUUUCUCAUCCUCUGCUUGGCUGUCGCUGUAUCGCACUUGGAAAUCGGGCGCUGUUUGCUGAACCGUCAGCUUGGGGCGAAGGCGGAUAAAGAGAGUGACAGUGACAGCGGUAAUGAGAAGGAUUCCGAGAGUCACGUACAGAUCCACGACAAACCACCGCUCAGCGUCUUCUGUCACCAUGUCCAACUCAUCGUCGGCGGUGUGAAGACUUCGCUGCAGACUGUCACCGUAAGAAUACUCGUAGCCCUAAUAAUAUCCAUCAUGCUCAUAAUCCAGUGGACUGUUAAUAAAAUUAAAAAGUGUCUGCACUACUGA